AUGCCCUUCAACAAGUGAUUGCGAGACACGAUAUCCUUCGCACAGUCUUCAUUUGGGAAGGUCUUAAUGAGCCGGCACAGGUUGUUCUGCGCCAGGUUCCUUCAUUACUAACUGACGUUAUAUUGGAUAAUACCGACGAAUCUGUCUUGGAGCAGUUAAGUUCCCGAUUUGAUCCACGUCAUUAUCGUUUAGACUUGACACAGGCACCACUAUUGCGUCUACAGGCUGCGCCAACGUCUGAAGGGAGCUGGGUGGUGUUGCAAUUUAUGCAUCAUUUGAUUAUUGAUCAUUCAACACUGGAUCGUCUACAAGCAGAAAUUCACGCCAUCAUUGAUGGAAAGAUUGAACAGUUAACAAUGCCCACAUCAUUCCGUCAUCUAUUGGCUCAACUACGACUUGGAGUUAAACCAGCUGAGCAUACUCAAUUCUUCAGUGAAAUGCUUGGCGAUAUAGAUGGGCCAACCUUGCCAUUUGGUCUGAGUGAAGUUGGCCGAGAUAACGCUGAGUUUAUUGAAAAACACAUGAUGCUACCGCAGAAAAUCAACGAUCACCUCAGGGUACAUGCGCGCAAGUUAUGCGUCAGUAUGGCUAGCAUUUGCCAUCUGUCCUUUGCACAGGUGCUUGCUAAAGCUAGCGGACGUGAAGAGGUAGUCUUCGGCACAGUUGUGCUGGGUCGUUUACAGGCAGGAGAAAAGAACCAUAACAUCAUGGGACCGAUGAUUAACACUUUACCAAUUCGGAUAGAUAUUGACGAGAGCAGUAUAGAAACCGCAGUACGCCAUACACAUGCUCGGUUAAGUGCAUUAUUGGCACAUGAACACGCACCACUUGUAUUGGCACAAGGCUGUAGUGCAGUUCCAGCUGGUGUGCCGUUAUUCAGUGCAUUGCUGAACUAUCGCCAUAAUAAGAAGACAGAUCUGGUCUUUGCAUCACUUCCUGGAGUUACUUUUUUGGGAGGUGAGGAGCGAACUGAAUACCCACUAAACCUGUCGGUUGAAGAUGAUGGUGAUUCACUGGGUCUGACGACUCAAGUAAUCUCACCAAUGUCAGCAGCACGGACUUGCGCCUAUAUGCAGCAAUCUCUGGAGUCGAUGGCUGAUGCGUUAACGCAAAUGUCUCAUCAACCAGUUCGAAAACUGUCAGUGAUACCACUAGAAGAACGCACGUUGCUGCUGCACACCUGGAAUCAAUCUACGGUUACCUAUUCACCAGCCCGUUGUAUUCAUCAAUUAUUUGAGGCGCAAGUGGAACGUGACGAACAGGCGUAUGCUUUGGAGUGUAACGGAAAAGCAAUAAGCUAUGUGGAACUCAACGCACAGGCCAACAGAUUGGCACAUUACUUGAUCGCACGCAGUGUCAAACCAGAUGAUCUUAUCGCACUUUGCGUUGAGCGUAGCACUACAACGCUCAUUGCCAUGUUGGGUAUCCUUAAAGCAGGAUGCGCUUAUGUACCACUUGAUUUGGCCUACUCAAGUCAACGGCUAACUAAUAUUCUACAGGAUGCUAAUCCUCUAUUUCUUUUGACAGAUGGUAAUGGACGGAAAUCGCUCGGAGAUCAUCAAGUACCAGUGAUAGACUUGGACAAACAAUUGCCUGCCGACUUACCAAUCGAUAAUCCAGACACUGCCAAACUUGGGCUCACUCCAUCACAUCUAACAUAUGUUAUCUACACCUCUGGCUCAACAGGAAUACCGAAGGGAGUAAUGAUUGAACACCAACAAGUUGUACGACACUUUGAAACUGCACAAGAGAAAUUUGAUUUCAAUAAAGACGAUAAGUUUUGCCUGUGCCAUUCGAUUUCUUUCGACACAUCUGUAUGGGAAAUAUGGGGUGCCUUAUUAAAUGGCAGCCAACUGUUGAUUGUACCACAUAAUGUGGCAAGUUUUACGGACGAAUUUUAUGAUUGGAUUUGUGCCAGCGGUAUUACUGUAUUAACGCAAACCCCAUCAAUGUUUAAAUUGCUUAUACGGGCGAAAAAUAUCAGCUUGCGAACCGAUCUACUGCGAUAUGUAUUCUGUGGGGGUGAAGCAUUAGAUGUAUCGAUAGUAAGACAGUGGUAUAGAAAAUACGAUAACGGUCGAACAGUGCUAACCAAUUUGUAUGGCCCUACUGAGAUAACUAUUUUUGCAACAACUUGGAUCUGUGAUAACACAAUGCCUGGAAACUUUCUGAUAGCACCAAUCGGUCGGCCACUGAAUAAUAGGCGAAUUUAUUUGCUGGAUGUAUAUGGCGAGCCAGUGCCACUAGGAGCUACGGGAGAAUUGUAUAUUGGUGGUACUGGUGUGGCACGUGGCUACUUAAACCGCCCUGAACUUACUGCGGAACGAUUUCUACCCGACCCAUUCAGUGCCAAUCCAGUAGCACGUAUGUACCGUACCGGUGAUCAAGCACGUUAUUUGUCUGAUG